AUGUCGUAUUGUGCGGUUUGUCAGCGCUCUGUUAUGUACUUCUUCCUGGAUGCCGACGCUCGUCAGGAUCUAAAAUAUGCCCUAGACUUGGAACCCUUCUACCUAUUACGGGAAUUCGGGCGUGUUGGUGAUGAGUCUCAUGAGCCACGUUUACACAGGUUCCAACACUACGACUCUAUUUCUGAGUUACAAAAGUCUGCACUUUCUUGCGAGCUAUGCUCGUUGAUGCUUCCCUUCCUCCUCGGAAAUCCUAUCAUCGACCAUAAUAAAGAUCAUCUCUAUACCAGUCUUGCCAUAAGACGUCGAGGUGCUAUUUAUCUCCUUCGAUGGGCACAUCAUACAUCGACUUGGGAAAACGCAGAAACACCCCCUCUGCCUGUUUAUAACAGGAUCAGCGACUUCUACUUUUUUGACAUCGCAUUUCCAUCAGACCGAUAUGGUCACUAUGAUUCAUCCGUCACUAGUCUAGCUCGCCUAGUCCCGUUGUCAAAAUUUCAAUACUACUACCUAAUCACCAGACGCAAGAAUGAUCCUAGGUGGUCGCCCUGGAUUGCCUUUGCUCAGCCACACGAUCACAUCAAAUUCGAGGCAAGAGUUGAGACGAUUCAGAACUGGCUUGAUACUUGCUUGACUGAUCAUGAGGAAUGCCGUAUGCCAAAAGUUCUUCGUCCAGCACGGUUCCUUGCCCUUCAUACGGGUGCAGAUGAUGGAGAUCUCCGACUAGUCAGUACAGCCAACCUGUCCCAGUUGAACCGAGUCAGAUACACAGCUUUAAGCCAUUGCUGGGGCUCGAGUACCAAUCACGCAGCACGCACUACUCGGGAGAACGUCCAUCAAAAGAUGAAACGGAUCUCGUUUCAUUCUCUUCCGAAAACCUUUCAAGACGCGAUUACAGUAACCAGAGCAAUUGGUAUAGAAUUUAUUUGGAUUGACUCUCUCUGCAUUAUCCAGAAUGAUGACGAUGAUUGGGCGACUGAGGCAUCCAAAAUGGCCGAUGUCUACAAAGGAAGCUGUUUGACCCUAGCGGCUUCUUCGUCGCCGGACUCAGAUGGAGGGUUGUUUCUGGACUCCAUAACCCCGGCGAAAGUUGUGCACUUAUCCCCUGACUUGUUUCCCCGGGAAUUUGAAGAAAAGUUUCCUAAAAACUGCUUGGUUCGUCAUCCAGUGGCUUCAAGAGCAGCGAUACUCGACGGACCACUCAGCAAGAGAGCAUGGGCCCUUCAAGAGCAGAUUCUGUCGACUCGACUCAUUCAUUUUACCAGUACCCAGAUGUUCUAUCAAUGCACAGAUGGGCUGUCCUCAGAAGAUGGUAAUAUCUAUGACAAACUAUCGAAGCUACCUAGCCCGGUGCACUUUAUGGACACCAUCAAAUUCCCAUCAAAGAGGCCUUCCCCUUGGUCCAGGUGGGUAACCGAGUUCAGCGCCCGUCAUCUUAGCUUCGAUAGUGAUAGGAUAACUGCUAUGGCUGGUUUAAUCAAACACUACGAGCACAUAUCGCUUCAACGACCCAUUCUGGGUCUAUGGGACGGAACUUUUUGUACUGAUAUGGCCUGGUACAGCUAUACACUAGUGGACAACAAAGCUCGCCAUGAUGAUGAUGUCUUCAAAGGCAUUCCAAGUUGGACCUGGUUCUCAUCCAAAGCUAAGCAUAUCCACAACUUGUUUGACGAUCUGGAUACUUACGAUCAAGGUUUUCCUCCUGAGGAGAACCGCGUCAAGCUGGUUCACUAUAGUUGUGAUUGGACGGGACCUCCAUAUGCAACAUCAUUGAAAGGGGCGGACCUGAGAGUAUUAGGUUCCCUUAAGGCUGUUAGACUCCAGCAUCCAACAAAUGCCAGUUUGCCUUUUCUCGACGGCGACAAUACAUUCGACACCAGACAAGGUUCUGAAAACGGGCAACCGCCUGGGCUGUUGUUAUAUCUCGACAGUGUGAAAAUAGACUUUGAUCAAGAUCGAUUGUUUCUUCUCCGCCUUUUUACGGUCAGCCUUAAGGAUAGUAUUUCUGACCUGGACGAUGUUGUCUUGUUACUGCGGGAAGAAAGUCAUAACAACAAAGCGGCAUUUCGUCGACUGGGUGCGGGUCAUCUAGCUAGACCUCAGCCUGAGCCGGUUAGUCUCUUCAGUACUACUCGUCUGAACUGUUUGGAUGAGCCAAUGGAUGAAGAAAGCCUCGAUGAGUUGUUCAAAAAACCAGAGGCUCCACCAGCAUUUUUUGACGAUGCUCCCGUUCAAGAAGUUAUACUAGUAUAG